AGAGGCCAGCGCGCCGAGAGCGAGCGGGCAGGCGGUGGGCGGCUGCGGACCCGCGCCGGGGCCGAAAGUUUCUCUGCCCGUCUGCCGCUCCGGCGAGCCAGAGUUGCCCUCCGCGGGACCUGCCCGACCCGGCACCUCUGCAGAAAAAGAGACAGGGCGCCACUCGAAACACUGAAAAUCCAAACCUGCAGCCAUCGGCAGCCAGCCCCGGGGCGCAGGGGAACAGCUCCAUGGCUCUCCCAGGCUCUGGGAUGGGUCUGCUAUGACCACAGUCCCCUGGCUGAGCCAGGACUGCACCUUGUUACCACAGCCUCACCAAGCCCCUGUCCUGCCCUGCACGCCCUUGGCCACGUGUCACCAUGGGUAGUGUCAGCAGCCUCAUCUCAGGCCACAGCUUCCACAGCAAGCACUGCCGUGCCUCACAGUACAAGCUGCGCAAAUCCUCCCACCUCAAGAAGCUCAACCGGUACUCAGACGGGCUGCUGAGGUUUGGCUUCUCCCAGGACUCAGGGCGUGGCAAGUCCAGUUCCAAAAUGGGUAAAAGUGAAGACUUCUUCUACAUCAAGGUCAGCCAAAAGGCCCGAGGCUCCCACCGCCCAGAUUACACAGCCUUGUCCAGUGGGGACAUAGGGGGCCAAGCCGGGGUAGAUUUUGACCCGUCCACUCCACCCAAGCUCAUGCCCUUCUCCAAUCAGCUGGAAAUGGGCUCAGACAAGGGAGCAGUGAGGCCCACUGCCUUCAAGCCUGUGCUGCCACGGUCAGGAGCCAUCCUCCACUCUUCCCCUGAGAGUGCCAGCCACCAGCUGCACCUCAUGCCUCCAGAUAAGCCCAAGGAACAGGAGCUGAAGCCAGGCCUGUGCUCAGGGGCACUGUCCGACUCUGGCCGGAACUCCAUGUCCAGCCUGCCCACACAUAGCACCACCAGCAGCUACCAACUAGAUCCUCUAGUCACCCCAGUGGGGCCCACUAGUCGUUUUGGGGGUUCAGCCCACAAUAUCACACAAGGCAUCAUCCUUCAGGACAGCAAUAUGAUGAGUCUAAAGGCUCUGUCAUUCUCUGACGGGGGUAGCAAGCUGGCUCACCCAGGCAAGGCAGACAAAGGCUCUUCAUGCGUGCGCUCCCCGCUCUCCACGGACGAGUGCACCAUCCAGGAGCUGGAGCAGAAGCUGCUGCAGAGGGAGAGUGCACUGCAGAAGCUACAGCGCAGCUUUGAUGAGAAGGAGUUCUCUGGCCAGGCCUUGGAGGAGCGGCCGCGGCGCACCAGGGACGAGCUGGAGGGCCUGGAGCCUAAGAGUGGAGGCAAGCUGAAGCCAGCCUCGCAGAAGAGCCAGCGGGUGCAGCAGGUGCUGCAGCUGCAGGUGUUGCAGCUACAGCAGGAGAAGCGGCAGCUGCGGCAGGAGCUGGAGAGCCUCAUGAAGGAACAGGACCUGCUAGAGACCAAGCUGAGGUCCUACGAGCGGGAGAAGACCAACUUUGCCCCGGCGUUGGAGGAGACCCAGUGGGAGGUGUGCCAGAAGUCAGGCGAGAUCUCUCUCCUGAAGCAACAGCUCAAAGAGUCCCAGACGGAGGUGAACACCAAGGCCAGCGAAAUCCUCAACCUAAAGGCACAGCUGAAAGACACCCGGGGCAAGCUGGAGGGCCUGGAGCUGAAGAUGCAGGACCUGGAGAGUGCCCUGCGCACCAAGGGGCUGGAGCUGGAGGUCUGCGAGAACGAGCUGCAGCGUAAGAAAAAUGAGGCCGAACUGCUUCGAGAGAAGGUGAACCUGCUGGAGCAGGAGCUGCUGGAGCUGCGGGCCCAGGCUGCCCUGCAGCGGGACGUUGCUUCCCUGGGUCCCCCGGGGCUUGGGCCCACCUUCUCAGAGGACAUCCCUGCUCUGCAGCGGGAGCUGGAGCGACUGCGGGCUGAGCUGAAGGAGGAGCGGCAAGGCCAUGACCAGAUGUCCUCGGGCUUCCAGCAUGAGCGGUUGGUGUGGAAGGAGGAGAAGGAGAAGGUGAUCCAGUACCAGAAGCAGCUGCAACAGAGCUACCUGGCCAUGUAUCAGCGCAACCAGCGCCUGGAGAAGGCCCUGCAGCAGCUGGCCCGUGGGGAUGGGGCCGGAGAGCCCUUUGAGAUUGACUUGGAAGGAGCUGACAUCCCCUAUGAAGACAUCAUAGCCACUGAAAUCUGAAGGGCUACCUAGGGCAGGGAGGGCUGGGAACUAGACACCAGAAGGCAGGGAGCUAAGCCUGUUCAAGGAGGCAUUUUGAGCCCCUCUGAGGGAAGCCACCUCUGGGGCCCAGACUCAAGAGUCCCCAGGGUGGACAGGGGUAACUACAUAACCUUUCCUCUCCUCUUGCCUGUCCCAAUCCUGUCACAUAUUGGACCCUGGUCUGUGAACCCCUAAGCUCUCCCAAAGUUGUGGUCAGGAGUCUUCAUGUGCUGGUUAAAAGUUCCCUCAGCCUUGGCCUUUGUUCAAAGUAGUGAGAGACUCCACCAGGGAAGGGGACAGCUGCCAUAUAGGCCAAAUGUUCACCCAAGGACAGAAGCUUCCUUCCUGUCAUCCCCAAACCCCUGUUAUCCCCUGGACACACUGGGAUGCCUUGAGAACAGAAAGAAGCCAUGUGUAACCAGAAGCCUUGGACUCUGUCUUCACCAUAUAACCUGUUCUCCUUUGCCUAUGGAGGUGAAAGGGUCAGGUUGCCACACAGUUUAGCAAGCAAGCCGUGGGAGGGAGGGGAAGCUGGACAGCCCAGAAGUGCAAAGCCACCUCAAGACCCACAGAGCUCAGAGGAGAGCUGAGGGGGAGAGCCAUGGCAGAUAGUGGGGUCCAGAGUCUUAGCUGGAGCUGUGUAUCCUCUCAAUGGCCUUUGACCUCAAUGAUCAUUCUUCUUAAAGCCAUAGACACAGGGGCCCUGGGUGGGAUGCAGGGACAGGGACAUAGGGUAUGGCUUCCCAGCUGUCCCAGGGGAGCCUCCUGAUUGGUUCAGCUCUAGCCAAGGCAGAGGCUUCCCUGGAUGAUUCAGUUGACUAGCGGCCACUCUGGCUCUUGAGUGGACCUGGAAUAACCUGUCCACUCAGAUGGUGUGUGAGGGUGCUGGGCAUUUGCCUCCUUUGCCUGUAGCCAGAGUCACAGGCAUUCUCACCCCAUAGUGUCUUCAGGGCCAUGUGAUGAGUCUUCACUGAUUGAGAAGCAUCACCAGAGCGCUGGGUGGGCCGAGUCCAGUCAAAGGGGAUACGAGGUACAUACACACAGCCUUAUGAACAGUCAGGCCCACCCACUGUUUUCCCUCCACGUGGCACUCCAUGCUGUAAAGAUUUAAUCUAGAGGGCAGCUCUGUGGGAGCCUGGACUUCUCUUUUGAAGAUAGCUAGGGCUAUGUGCAGAGGAAAGUACAGUUGCUUGGUUCAGGGAAUUAUCUCCCCCCACCCCCCGUUCUGUCUUUCUCAAAGCAAGCCAGAUCAAGCAGGCAGCCAGGCUGCUCUGUGUUCUAUUUUGGGCCCUCACCACAGCUGCUGUUAGGACGGCCAGCCUUUGCUGGAUUCCUGAGCUCUGCGCUUGCCUGAUGGGUGGGGCCCAGGGUGCAGGAGGCGUGAGGGAGACUCUGGGUGCUUGACAGUCCAGGAACAGGCCCUAAUUCUACCUCCCUGAUGCUGGCCCUUGGAGGCCCCGAGUGUUCCCCGGCCCCAGUGACCUUGCCUUCCUGUGAGCUUUCUGCCCUUCUCGGUGGUCACAGGCUGGAAGCCUUUCCUGUGUCCUCCAUUGCUUUCUGUUUGGGGGUUUAGGCUGGGCCUCUCCUGCUGUCUUCUAAUGACAUAAUGUCUUCUGGAAUUAUAGACCAUUGCCCUUAGUCACAUGCUAGAUUUAAAUCUGGAAUCUGCAGGCCACAGGUGCCUCCCCACCUACAGGAUCACACCCUGCACUAGGCACAACUCUGAGUCCAGUCAAAGAAGUCCAUGGCCCUCAGGUCCUCUGUCUCCACCAGCCUGUGCCUUGUUUGAGUCCUUCCCAGUGAGACUACCCCAUGGAGAGCAAGAUGGAGGCUACCUGCCCCCAUCUACUACUGAAAGACUCCACCCUUAGAUGAACAGCCGGAUGAACUGAUGUGCCAUGGACAUCUUGCCCAGGAAGGGGUGGGUACCAUGCAGGUACUCAGACCCAAAGCCUAUACUCUAUAUCUGGGCAGAGUGACUUCUAUCCACAGGGAGUUCAGCCCACCCUACCGCCAUCUUCAAGACCUUUGCCCAGGACCUACCCAACAUUCAAGGUGGCUGAUGCCUUCCCAGCACUGCUCUUAGUCCAAGGACCCAGGGAUAGCCUCAGGAUGCAGCUGUGCUAUAACUUGGUGACUUCACCUUCAUGUGGACUUUACUUACCUGUCCUAAAGCAUCCUAUUUGUGGUCCAUGCCUAUGUCCAGACGCUCAACGUAGAAAAGAUUGAACAGGGAUAGGGGAGUAUGGGCUCAGGGCAAACAGGUCACCUGCUGUGCUAUGCUUUCCUACUGUACUGCUCCCUAGAGGUGCCUCCAGGCAGGGAGUGCUGCUGCUCUCAAGAAAUCAUCAGCCAGCAAGCAGCACCUCACAAGGAGGGGACUGCCCAGACUCCCUCAGGGCACCUCCCCACUCUGUUCUGCUCUCACUAGGCGCACUCUGUUCCCAG